ACAUUCUUACUCUGCUCAACGACAUGAUAUGUUCGAGACAUGGAAAUCAGUGGCGUACCAUUUUCAGUUUAAUUUAAAUCAUGAGGAAGUUAUUCUGGGUGUUCUUAUUGAUAUCUACUGAGUGGUGCCAUUAUGUGGACUCGAACACAACACAGAUAUAUGCUUCUACUUCAGAAGUUAGACUCCUUCUGGAAUCUGAAAGACAGCUAGUUUGGUUGUUACAAAGAUAUGUUGACAAAGAAGAGGAGCGGCUGAAUGUAGUGAAAAAAUAUAUCGACGGGUUUAGUCAAGUGUCUCCAGGAAGACAACCUACGGACCUCAAUCCUCUUCAAGGAUAUAGGUUACUACAGAGGAUUGUUCAUGAGUGGCCUCGUAUUGAAAGAGCUUUGAAACCAAAAAACAAAGAAAUUACCACAAAAAUACGAGAAUUAAGGAACCACACCUACACUCCUGGCCAGCAAGAUGUUGAGGAGGCAGCAUUGGCAGUUGUUCGUCUACAAGAUAUUUAUGAUUUGGGCUCAACUCAGCUUGCUAAAGGACAGAUUCACCUUCCAAGCCGAAACAAAGAAGUGAAGACACCUGUUCUCUUAACAGCUAAUGAUUGCUUGCAGCUAGGCAGACAGUCUUAUUACCAUGGUUACUUUGGAUUUGCUGUCGACUGGAUCCGGGAGGCCCUAGAAAAGUGUAAAGAGAACAAGCAUGAGAAAGAGUUACGAGGGAAAGCUUAUAGCUGGUUAAAGGUCGCAGUUGAAGAGCAUGACAAAAUUUUACUUACCAAAGGAAGCAGAGGUCCAAGCUGGCAGACCUUUUCCAAACCCUUUAACUCACUGUUAAAUCACGAGAUGGCAGGACACGUGGCUGGUUCGGAGAAAUUCAGCCCUCUGCUAAAUACGGUAUUAUACGGAGAAGCUGAGCGAGAACACUAUGUGAAGCUCUGCAAAGGUGAAAAACUACGAUCAUCCGUCAUGGAUGCCAAAGUAAAAUGCCGGCUGGUGACCAGAAAUGUUGGAUAUUUCUUGCUUCAACCACUAAAAGUUGAAGAACAGUCGUUUCAUCCAACCAUCGUCACAAUAUAUGAUUUUCUCAGCAAUGAAGAAACCAAUCGUUUUAUUGACCUUGCAGUGCCAAAACUUCAUCGUGCUACUCAUAGAGGGGAAGACGGACUGGAUAAAGCUAGUGUACGUCGGAUAAGUAAAAUUGCUUGGAUUAAUGAUGAGGAUGAAAAAGAAUUUAUAUCGAAGAUUUCUAGACGUUUGGAGCUAACAACAGGACUCGGGGCUGAUCGAAAUAAUUAUGAAGCUGAGGCUUAUCAGGUAUCAAACUAUGGUCUUGGAGGGCAUUACGUAACUCAUUUUGAUUUUCACUUGAUGACAAACUCAACCAGGCAGAUCAGCAAGUUAGAAGAAUUUAUUGGUCAGAGAAUUGCUACUUUCAUGAUUUAUUUGACAGAUGUCGAAGAAGGUGGUGCUACAGUAUUUCCAUCAUUAGGAGUUGCAGUUCGACCAAAAAAAGGAGCUGCUGUUUUCUGGUGGAACUUGUACAAGAAUGGAGACCCAGAUCUAUUAACACGUCACGGUGGAUGUCCAGUUCUCAUUGGUUCGAAAUGGGUGGUAAAUAAAUGGUUUCGCUACAACAGUCAGAUGUUUCGACGACCUUGUGGCCUUCGUAAAGACAUGCCUUUUACAGGAUUCUAAAUAAAACGUCAGCUAGAACUACAUGCAUCACCUGGAAUUUAGUUCUAACCAAAGAGAUUUUUCUUCUUUCGAUAUCUACUUCUUUGUUUACUGCACAAGUUUGUUCUUAGAUAUUUGUAUUGAUUUGGUCUUUUUUAUAGUCGCUCGGAUCGUAUGCCCAGAGCACAUUAUUGUGACAUAAUAUAAAUAUUAGGGGACUUUUAUUAGAAGAUAUCUAUAUAAAGUUAAUGGUCACUUUCAAGACAUACAUUUUAUUCAUAACAUUUGACAGGAUAUUAUUGCAUUAUUAUUGUACAUUAAGUUAAUUUUAUUGUUAGUAAGAACAAUGUUGUUACAAUAAUAAUUUUCUAACAACUAAUGUUAUUUUAUUUUAAUAAAGUAACUUUGCAUAACUUUAUUAAAACAAUACGUUUCUUUAAAGGAUUACGAAGUUUGACUUUUUCUGUGAGUCAUAGAACGGUGUAAUUCAUUAAUUCUGUCCAAUGAAACUUUACAACAGCAUUUUGAUAGCUCUAUGCUAUUGUUAUUUUUAUAUUUAUUUUUUGUACAUCGUUUUAAUUUUCUGACAUCAUUAAUUAUGAAUAUUAUGGUGCAACUAUAAAGGAAGCAGAUUUCAAUACGACUCAAUUUACUGAGAAAUGACAGUGGCGUAACAAGGAAAUUAACGUUGGGGAGGAAGUAUAGAUUACCGAAAGAUACCAAAAGACAACUUUAAUGUUUGGUGUUAGCCGAAUGCGUGCAACGAGAACUACAAGUAGUGGGGAGCAAGUAACGAGAAAGAAGCGUUGUUAUAGAUAACGCAGACAAAACUUCCGACUAGUGACUCCUCUCUAUUAUCUUAUUUCUUUUGAUAAUUUUUGUACAAUCUCUGGAACUAUCUUUUCGGAGUCAGGGGCAACUACCCCAUCCCAUCCCCACGUUAUUAAUUAGUGAAUAUUGCAGAAUCAACAUAUAAACACCAUGUGUUUUUAUUUUCUGUAUUAGGUGUAAAUAAAAAGUUAUUUGUUUGAUUUACAUGUGAUGAUUCGACAGAUGUAGCGAAUCAAAUAA